UGCGAUCCGUUCCGCGUUUUGCACUACGCCGCUCGGCUCAGUAAAAUGGCUGUAUCUAACGAAGCCUCGUGUUGGUUGGGCUCUCUCCCUGCCUCUACCCGGGCUCAGUAACACAACUCCCACAACAAUUUCUCUCGUUUUUUACGCAUUGUAUGGAGCGCCCUUCGUUUCUCUAACCCACUCACGGAACCAAGGGGUGGCAGCCGGAUUCGGUCCGGUUCGCGGGUGGGGAUGAAUCGGCGCCGGGAUAAAUGGUUCUAAACAAUUAUUCAUGUUCCAUGCUAGCUUUUGAUUGUGACUGACUCGCCGAGAGAGGGAGAGAGGUGGGGGGUAUAUCAUGGCCGCUCAGGUCGCCAGUCUGAACACAAGCCCGCCGUCUGAGCUGAAAAAGCCGGAUCGAGAGCCCAAGGAGGACACGGUACCGGGGGACAAGCAGUCGGACAAGAAGCAGCCCGGGUUGGACGGCGAAUCGCCGGGUCGGGGGGAUCUGCAGGACGGCGCCGACGCUGGAAAUGCAGGAGGAGGAGGGGAGCCCGAGAUGAAGAACGGGAAUGGGAACCCGCCCAGAGCUAACAAUAAUAACCAGAAUGACACCGUCGGACCGGAGGGAAACAACCACCCGGGUAUGGUGCACCACCACAACCCCGCUUUCCCUCCACCAUCGUACGGAUACAGUCAGCACUACAGUCGGGCCCCUUUUCAUCAACAUGGCGGACAACAAAGCCCUGGCAUGGCAGCUGCUGCGGGUCCGGUCGUUCAGCCGGGCAACAUCAUGGACCCUUAUCAACCCAACUCGCAUGACUUUUCGAACCACCAGUUCAACAAUUACAGCCCGUUCCCCAACAGGACUCCGUAUCCGGGCCAAGCGUACGCUAUGAACUCGCCUCGCACUAGCCAAGCGCCGACUGCUGGGGGGCAGCCAGCUAAGCAGCAAGCACCAGCGGGAGGACCCGCGGUCAUGGCUGGAUCUUAUAACCAGAGAUAUAAUAUCGGAAACCCUCAACCUACAUCCACACCGACUCUUAAUAAACUGCUCACGUCGCCGAGCUCGACACGGGCUUAUUCCAACUACCCUUCGAACGACUACACCAGCCAAGAGGGAGCUAGCAAGGGAGCAGCAGACAUGGGCGCUAGCGCUCAGUAUGGAGGCAGCAAUCCGGCUUGGCAACAAAGAAGCCAUCACCCGUCGCCUAUGAGCCCGGGAAGUGGCGGGCAACCGCUCGCUCGAAGCCAGCCGCCUGGUUCCAUGGACCCAAUGUCGAAAAUGAGAGGGCAGCCAUAUGGCGCAAGUAGCCCCUAUAGUCAGCAGUCACAGCAAGGACCUCCCACAGGGCAGCAAGGCCCAGGGUACCCUGGCCAGGGGUAUGCCCCCCAAGGUCCUCAACGAUAUCCAGUUGGAAUGCAAGGACGUACUCCUGGAGGCAUGGGUGGCAUGCCCUAUGGUCCACAGAUGGGGUCCUAUGGACAACAGGGACCAGGAGGAUAUGCUGGUUCACAGGGCCAGGGCCCAUAUUAUGGUCAGCCUGGUCAGGGUCCCCACCCAAGCCAGCAUCAGACACCCUACUCUCAGCCCCAACCUGGACAGCCAGGAGGUCAAGCACCUUACGCGGGACAACCCCACCAGCCUCCAGCGUCAGCACCACAUGGCCAAGGAGGAACCCCUUAUCAGCAGUCACAUAUUCCCCCACAGUCCCAGGUUCCACUUCAAGGCACCGCACAGUCUCAGCCACCAUAUUCGCAAGCAUCGGCCCCACAGCCUGGCCAGUCCCCCUACCAGCAGCAGGGACAAGGCGGUCAGGCUUCCCAACAGCCAAGUUCUCAGGCUCCCCCAGGGUCGCAGGGACAGAGCAACUAUCCUGCAUCUACGCAGCCUCCUCAGCAGCCAUCCUCACAACAGCAACAACAGUCACAGACACCACAGCACCCACAGAGCCAGCCAGGAGCAUACCCACAGAAUCCUCAGCAGCAAGCACAGCAGUCACCUUACCAACGUUUUCCUCCACCACAACAACAGGAACUACCCCAAGACUCAUUUCAGUCCAAUGCUACACCAUCUUCACAGCAAAAAGGUGGUCCAGAGGACAGUCAGGGCCGUCCCUCCAGCCUUCCGGUCAGUCAUGACCUGUCGGGAUCCAUUGACGACCUGCCGACUGGUACAGAUGGUGCCCUGAGUCCCGGAGUGAGCACGCCUGGUGUUUCCAGCAGCCAGGGUGAGCAGAGCAACCCGGCUCAAUCGCCCUUCUCACCCCACACGUCUCCCCACCUGCCGGGCAUUCGAGGACCGUCGCCUUCCCCAACGGGUUCCCCAGCCAGUGCCAGUACACCUCGCGCUGGACCGCUGUCACCUGCCAACAUGCCAGGCAACCAGAUGCCCCCAAGACCAUCAAGUGUGCAGUCCGAUGGUAGCCUCCACCCUGGCAUGAGCCAAUCUCCUUUGGCCCCAGACCGAGGGUUUAUGCAGAGAAACCCUCAGAUGCCCCCUUAUGGUUCCCCACAGUCAGCCUCUGCAUUGUCACCACGUCAGUCCUCAGGCGGACAAAUGCAUCCUGGGAUGGGUCCAUAUCAACAAAAUAACUCCAUGGGUGGUUAUGGACAACAGGGAGGACAAUAUGGACCCCAGGGUUAUCCACGCCAACCAAGCUAUGGCAAUAUGCCUAAUGCAAACUACCCUGGGACGGGUAUGGGGCCAAUGGCAGGUCAAGGUGGGGGACAACCGUAUGCUGGCAUGCCCCCAGGAAGGAUGCCACCAAAUCAAAUGGGAGCACGCCCUUAUGGCCCCGGCAUGGGUCCUAACAUGGGCAACAUGCCAUCCCAGGUUAGUUCAACGAUGUGUCCCCCUCCUGGUAUGAACAGAAAACCCCAGGAUCCUGCAGCCAUGCAGCACCCUGCGUCUAACUCAUUGCACAACAGGAUGUCUGGCUAUCCUAACAUGCCGCCGGGCAUGAUGGGCUCUGGCCCUCCUUAUGGUCCUCCUAUGAACAACAUGCCUGGAAUGAUGAACACUCAAGGUGGAUCCCCCUAUCCCAUGGGGCCAAACAUGGCCAACAACUCGAGCGGUAUGGCUCCCAGUCCAGAGAUGAACAAUAAGAUGAAUAACAAAGUAGAUGGAAGUGGAGCACCCAAGCAAGAGUCCAAAUCGAAGAAGUCAAAUUCCUCUACGACAACCAGCGAAAUGAUAACGCGUCUGUAUGAGUUAGGACCUGAACCUGAAAGGAAGAUGUGGGUGGAUCGUUAUUUGGCUUUUAUUGAUGAGAAAGCUAUGGGAAUGACCAACUUGCCUGCUGUGGGACGCAAACCCCUUGACCUUUUUCGACUCUAUAUGUCAGUAAAAGAAAUUGGAGGCAUGACACAGGUGAAUAAAAACAAGAAAUGGCGAGAUUUGGCCACAUCCUUGAACGUGGGUACUUCUAGCAGUGCUGCCAGUUCUUUGAAGAAACAGUACAUCCAGUGUUUGUACGCAUUUGAGUGCAAAAUUGAGCGUGGCGAAGACCCUCCUCCUGAGAUUUUUACAGAUAACAAGAAGAACCAAACUGCCAAGGUCCAGCCCCCCUCGCCAGCGUCCCUCUGCUCCACAGCUGGGUCAGGCUCUUUGCAGGGCCCUCAGACUCCCCAGUCUACUAGCAGCUCAAUGGCUGAGGGUGGAGACUUAAAACCUCCGACCCCGGCCUCCACUCCUCAUACCCAGAUGCCCCCAAUGCCACCGGUUUCCAGAAGCAGUGUUAACCUGCAGGACCCCUUUUCCGAAGGAAGCGACCCUGCUUAUCCACGUAAAAACAUGACACCCAACUCUGCCUAUCAGUCUGGUGUGAGUACCCCAGACAUGCAAGGACGCAUGGGCCCCUAUGAACCCAACAAGGACCCCUUUAGCAACAUGCGAAAAGUUGGGGAGCAGUUUCUUCCUGCUAACCAGGGCCCUAACAGCGGGGCGGGUGACCACCAACAGCAACCGCCACAACAGCAGCAGCAGCCACCAUUCAAUCGAGGACCACCUGGGGCCAUGGGCACAAUGCCAAUGGGGCCCAGACAACCAUAUCCUUAUGGGCCAGGGUAUGACAGGAGGUCUGAGUCAGGAAUGGGUCCAGAAGGCAACAUGGGAUCUGGUGCUCCUCAGCCGAAUUCUAUGAUGCCUGCCAAUGCCGACACUGGGAUGUAUUCGCCAAACCGCUUCCCACCACAGCAGCCACGACAUGAUUCCUAUGGUAAUCAGUAUCCUGGACAGGGAACGCCCUCUACUGGCUCCUACCCUAAUCAGCAGCCUGGAAUGUACCCCCAUCAAUCGCAGGGCUACAAGAGGCCUGUGGAAGGUGGCUACCCUCCGUCAAAACGUCAUGAGGUCGAAUACAGUGGGGCUUUCCCUGGUGGACAACCACCACAGCAACAACAGCAAGGCGGUGUCCCUGCAGCCUCUUCGGGACAACAAGAGCCGUACAAUCAAUACAGCGGCAGUGGCCCCUACCCGGGUUCUGACCGCCGCCCCCCUGGUCCAGGCAAUCAGUUUCCAUUUUCCUUUGGCCGAGAACGGAUGCAGGGAGCUAGUGGUCCCAACGCUCAAGCUUCCAUGCCCCAACAGAUGAUGCCGUCGGGCCCAGAAGGUCCUCAAGGAGGCAUGUGGCAGGGACCACGAGACAUUAACUAUCAGAACUACCACGGCAGGCAGGGUGGCCCUGGAGGCCCACCACAGGGGCCGGGUUACCCUGGCUUGAACCGCUCUGAAGAGAUGAUGUCAUCAGAACAGCGCAUGAAUCACGAUGGCCAGUGGGGCAGCCAGAUGGGCCCGCGGCAGCCUCCCUACGGUCCUGCAGGGCCAGGUCAGCCCAUGCCUCGUUCUGUGCAGUCCAACUACCAGUCUUCUCAGGGCGUGCAGAACCACAUUCCACAAGUUAGUAGCCCAGCCUCCAUGUCCCGCCCGAUGGAGAGUAGGACUUCGCCAAGUAAAUCCCCAUACAUGCACGGAGUGAUGAAAAUGCAAAAGGCCGGCCCUCCCGUGCCUGCGUCACACAUAGUGCCCUCUGCAGCGCAGUCACCUUUAAUAAGACGAGACAUGCCUUUUCCCAUGGGCUCUGUCGAAGCAUCCCAUCCUGUCCUCAAACCACGUCGCAGACUCACCAUGAAAGAUAUCGGAACCCCAGAAGCCUGGAGAGUCAUGAUGUCUUUAAAAUCCGGUCUUUUGGCUGAAAGUACCUGGGCUUUGGAUACAAUCAACAUUCUCCUUUAUGAUGAUGGCAGUGUUUCUACCUUUGAUCUCAAUACGUUGCCUGGCCUACUCGAGUUGGUGGUUGAGUAUUUCAGACGUUGCCUCAUUGAGAUCUUUGGCAUUCUGCGAGAAUAUGAGGUGGGGGACCCUGGUCAGAGGACGCUACUUGAUCCUGAUGCGUUGAAAGAACUCGUGGAUGACAUAGAAGAUGAGGAACCACAUCCAGAAGAUGUCGAUCUGGAGGAUGAAGAUGACCUGGACGAGGAGGAACACGACACAGAAAGGUCACUUCAUAUAAAACAGGAGGACGAGCAUAAAGAUUGUUCUGAGUCACGGGAAGGAGAUGAGAAAUCCGGGGACGAGGACAGACAAUGCAAGGGACCCUCCACCGACCAAGCAGAAUCAUUGCCGUCUUCGGUGACCCAGGACAGACCCAAACAGGGCAGCAAGUUUGACAGGUUUCCUGUAAAGGUGGUACGAAAGAGAGAACCAUUUGUUUCUGCACAGGCCAACAAUCAUGGCAAACUCCAAGAGUUUGACAGUGGGUUACUUCACUGGAGUGCUGGAGGAGGCGACUCAACAGAGCACAUUCAGACACACUUUGAACCCCGUAAAGACUUUUUAAAACGCCGACAACGAAUACCUGUGCCCCAAAGUGUGCUGAAACGACGAAUUAGAGAGGAUUUCAUUGAUUUUAAUUUCCCAACGGAAGAGAAAAAGAAUGAGGAUGACGACGGGUCAAAGCAGGCAUCCUCCUCAGGGAAAGAGAGCGUUUCAGAAGACAGGCCCGCCCUCUUGAAUGAGGAGAACAAAUCUGAAGCAAAGACAAUUGAGCCAAGUCACCAGGAGAAUAACAGACCCAUUCCUUCUGUUGUUUGUGUUUUGACGCGUCAGGUCAACGCCAUCCUGGAGGAUGAGCCUCACAGUAAAGAUGAGGGGCCGCUUGUCUCACUAGCGAACUGGCAGGAUUCUUUAGCCCGACGCUGCGUUUGCAUUUCCAAUAUCAUUCGGAGCCUCUCCUUCGUCCCGGGCAACGACCACGAAAUGUCUAAACAUCCAGGCUUGCUGCUACUAUUGGGUCGCCUGAUCCUCCUCCACCACCGGCACCCAGAGCGCAAACAGGCUCCUCUCACCUACGAGAAAGAUGAGGAUACAGAAGAAGGUGCCGGCCAGAGGGAUGAAUGGUGGUGGGACUGUUUGGAGCUCCUGAGGGAAAACACACUGGUCACAUUGGCAAACAUCUCAGGCCAACUAGAUCUUUCCAUCUACCCUGAAAGCAUCUGCCUGCCUUUGUUGGAUGGUCUUCUCCACUGGGCAGUUUGCCCUUCAGCAGAAGCCCAGGACCCCUUCCCCACCUUGGGCUCACACAGUGCUUUGUCCCCACAGAGAUUGGUCCUGGAGACCCUGAGCAAACUAAGUAUCCAAGACAACAACGUGGACCUCAUCCUGGCCACUCCGCCAUUUGGUCGACUGGAGAAGCUCUACGGGAAUCUCGUGCGACUAGUCGGAGAGAGGAAGGUGGCGGUUUGCAGGGAGAUGGCUGUGGUUCUACUGGCCAACCUGGCCCAGGGUGACACUAUGGCAGCACGGGCCAUCGCUGUUCAGAAAGGAAGUGUGGGCAACUUGUUGGGCUUCCUGGAAGAUAGUCUGGCAGCCACCCAGUUCCAUCAGAGCCAGAGUUCUUUUGCACACAUACAGGGGAUGCACUUUGAGCCCACCAGUCCAGACAUGAUGAGGCGGGCAGCCCGGGCACUGCACGCGUUAGCCAAGGUGGAAGAGAACCACUCAGAGUUCACACUACACGAGUCCCGGCUCCUUGACCUUUCGGUGUCUCCCCACAUGAACCCGCUGGUCUCUCAUGUUAUCUGUGAUGUACUGUUUUUGAUUGGCCAGUCCUGACAGCUGUAGGGAGCCGUGGCUCCUCGUGUCUGGAAGGCGGAUGGGGAAGUUCUUCCCAACCCCUUCCUUUGGUAUCCUGGCUUGUGUGUAACAGGGCAAGGAAUGUUUAAAAGUGACUCUUAUUUAUGAAAAUCUUCAGAUUCCAGAUUUCCAUCCUUGCUCCUAGACUGUCAUCACAGAGCUGUGCUGGAUUACACAAACAGAAGCCGCACCAAGUGACACUGCUUGCGAAAUAAAUGCCAACUGGAGAGCAGAACGCCGCCACAGUUGGGGAACUGUUCUGCACUCGGGGGUGGGGGUGGGGAUAAUUUUUAACAAAUAUAAUUAAAUAAAAAGCUGAAAAACAAAAACUGUAACCAAAGUUGCUGUCUCGUUUACAGUGAGUUUGGGAGACGCAGUGUGCCCUGAAGCUCUCCUCUAGAGGGCACAAUGAGUCUGUAACUGGUUGAUGUUCAGGGGUGAAGCAGACUGACGAAAGUGGCCUACGGGUUCUAGUUGCUGUAGAUGGAUUAUCGCCAGGCAGCCAAACGCUGUCAAUAGACAACUUUACCGGGGAGGCCUGUGCAGUGUGCAGUAGAUUGUAGGACAUUUUCUGUACCGUUCUGCUCCUUGAGUGACAGCGUUGUGUUUCACACAGAAGCAGUGGGUGCAGUGCAACUAGAGUUUGGAGGUCAUCAUAACUUGGUGGUAAACAGAAAAUGGCUUUCUUCCCCAAAGUAUCAAGAACACCCUUACCUCCUCUUAUCCCUUGAUUGUAUGAAUACCCUUAUGAAAAGAAAUCACCUCUUAGGACUGGUUUUCAACUUCAAAUACAGCUUUGCUGUGGUGUAUAUAUAUAUAAUGUUGUACAUUACACUUCUUUCUGUGUCUGUCUGUCUGUGUCACUAUUCUCACAUGUAUUAUUGGUGAGGGAUGGAGGCUGACUGCAACCUCCACUUCCUGCUGAUUAGACCCACUCCUCUGGUCUCCCCACAGCUCUAGUGCAACAGACACUGCUCUGACCUGUUGUUUCCUGGUACAACACAAACUAGAUGAAGUACACAUUUGACAAUUUUUCUUCAGUCAUGGAUUCUUCAUAUUUGUAUUUCAGACUAUGUAGCUAAGACAUGUAAAUUCCCCCUUUACCCUUUUUUGGCUCAAUGAAUAUCAUUUAUUCAGUAUGAAAUCUUUAUACUAUAUGUUCCACGUGGUAAGAAUAAAUGUACAUUAAAUCUU